CCAGGUGCGCGCACUGGGCUGUGGGCAACUUUUUCUGCGACUUUUUUGUGUCUGAAACAACGAACUGCCCAAUCUGACUGGGCAGUUCCCAAUUCCGAAUUCCAGUUUGUAGCGAACCCUUCUGUGAGCCUCACCGUACGCAUUAAGGGAAAGGUAGAUGCUUCGAACCCGGGGCGGCAUAAAACAGCAAAAAAAAAAUCAAAUGAUUCGUUGCCGAAAGCUGCUGGCCAGCGGGAAGAAAGUGUAUUUGACUUCCUGCUGCUGCUGCUGCUGCUAGGCCUGGAGGGUAUGUUACUGGUGGCGAAAGUGAGCUAGCAGGGGGGCCCGUAAUUUUGCGACUUUCCGGAUUUCUUUGGCCGAAACCGUGCCAGUUGACAGUUUGUUGGACAAAGCCGGCGCGACGGCACGUUGUGGUGGUGACAAUCGAGCGCGUUGUGUGAACCGGUGCGAGCUGAGAUAAUUCCGACCGAUACCGGCCCUUCGUUUGCAUAUAAACGAUUGAAGAGGAGCAGUGUUAUCAUAGUGCAGUUUCCUCGGCAGGUGUCUCCGGUCGUCGCAUCGCUGCAAGAACGCGCGGUUUGAGUGUUUCAUUUGGCGUCUGGAUCUCUGCCAGAAUGUUUCACCGUUCAGGCCGAUUGGUCACCCUACUGUCCAUCACGUUACUAAUUGUAGGAUGCGCGAUACACAUUUGUUACGCCGGUAAUGGUGAACUAAGUGAAGUACGGAUUGGCUUUGGAUCGUCAUUCAGUGCGCGGCGUGAUGUACGGUUUCAUCUCUACACACCGCUGAACACGGCCGAUGCUCACGUCUUUUCGAUCGAUACCGUUGACACGUUGAUGCGUUCCUUCUACAACUCCAGUCAUCCCGUGAGAAUCAUCAUACACGGUUGGUUCAACAACGCGACUUCGCUGGUUAUCCAGGGCAUCAAGGAUGCAUACCUUAGUGCCGGAAGUUACAACGUGAUUGGUGUCGAUUGGGGCACCGGUGCUAGUGAAUCGUACUUCCGCGCUUCACAGUACACGAUCGCCGUUGGACUGGUCGUAGCGGACCUCAUUAAUCAGCUCGUUCGCUCCAACAUGACCACCAUGGAACGGCUACACCUAGUGGGUCACAGCCUUGGAGCACAUAUUGCCGGUAACACAGGCCAUUCGCUCAAAACCGCUCAGCUACAGGUGAUCUAUGGGCUGGAUCCGGCAUCGAUCAAUUUCUUCCAAGAUGAACCGGAAACACGGCUCAGCCCGGAUGAUGCCGCGUACGUCGAAGUCAUUCACACCAAUACGCAGUUUUCGGGAUAUCCGGCACCGAUCGGACAUGUGGACUUUUACAUGAACUACGGCCGGAAGCAACCGGGCUGUAAGACGGAUGUUUGUAGCCACGGACGAUCGACGGAGUUCUUCAUGGAGUCACUUUCGAACACGACCAAAGGAUUCUGGGGUGUGGCGUGUGCGGAUUACAACGAAAUCAAGUCACGCUCCUGCUACAACAUUAAACAGCAAGCCCUGAUGGGCGGUGAGUAUCGGCAGAAGAAUGUAACGGCGGGCGUUUACACGGUGGAAACAUUGGCCGAAGCACCGUACGCGAUGGGUUACGUACACUAGACGCAGAAUUGGAUGAAAUAUAAACCAGAAAACUGA